AUGGCUAACAUGGAUGGCAAAUCACUGAGUCCUAAGAAAUCCAUUCCCAUACCCCCUCCUUCGCCACAAUCAGCAGCAACAGGUUAUCCUUGCGAGUAUGUGGUGAUGAAUAAUUUAGCACCCAGAGGGCGAAGCAGCUGUGUCCCAACUGCAACAAGAGAUUUGUGGGAGCGUCUUUUCAAUCAAGGUUAUAAAGCCGAUGUUCACAUUAAUACUGAUAACGGUGGCAUUAUUUAUGCUCAUUCUAACAUUAUUGCGGUGGCUUCUCCUGUAUUGGGAGGUAUGCUGAAGCAAGCAAAUCGUUCCAAUCGAUGGCGAUCAAUCUCAAUUUUUGGGGUUCCACAUGAUGCAGUACGAGUUUUUAUUCGAUACUUGUAUUCUUCCUGUUACGAGAAUGAAGAAAUGAAGGAAUUUGUCCUACAUUUGUUGGUGCUGUCACAUGUAUACGCAGUCCCUCACUUGAAGCGUGAAUGUGAACAGAAGCUAGAAAUAGGUUUGCUCACCAUAGAUAAUGUAGUGGAUGUAUUUCAACUUGCAUUACUGUGUGAUGCACCGCGGCUCAGUCUCAUUUGUCAUCGUAAAAUACUAAGAAACUUCAAAACUGUUUCGGAGUCAGAAGGAUGGAAAGCAAUGAAGCAGAGCCACCCGAUUCUAGAAAAGGAACUGCUGGAAUCAAUGAUCGAAGAAGAAAAUAGUAAGAAGGAGAGGAUCAGAAAAAUGAAUGAAAAAGAGGUCUAUCUGCAAUUAUACGAUGCAAUGGAAGCUCUUGUUCACAUAUGUAGAGAUGGUUGUCGAACUAUUGGCCCUCACGAUAAAGACUUCAAAGCAAACCAACAACCGUGUAGGUAUACAUCUUGCAAAGGGCUAGAACUGCUAGUUCGCCAUUUUGCUGGUUGCAAAUUGAGAGCCCCAGGAGGUUGUGCCCAUUGCAAACGGAUGUGGCAACUGUUGGAGCUGCAUUCUCGACUCUGCGCUGAUCCAAAUUCAUGUAGAGUGCCUCUCUGCAGGAACUUUAGACAGAGACUAGAAAAACAAAGCAAGAAAGAUGAAAUUAGAUGGACAAUAUUGGUUGAAAAGAUCUUGAAAACGAGAGGAAUUGGAAUUGCACCAUGCUUUCGGCCACUAUGA